GGUUUCCUCUCCACCAGCACCGCCUAUAGGCGACAGAUACGGAGGCCAAUAUGUACGUACAAAUUGCAUUAAUACUCCUGUAUUGCUCAUUCACUUGUCUUCUACAGCAGAAUAUAUCUCAAGAGGAUUUGAAGCUUCUUGCAAAUUCUCCAAGUAUAAGCCUGUAGCUAUUUUCAGUCUUCGGUCUGCGGUGUAGGUGUUCAGAGUAUCUGGGAAAGAUCAAUUUUUCAACCUAAAACUCUCUCAUCUACCUCCAGCAAUCUGGAGAUGCAUUACGUCAGUGUUCAUUCACUCCUUGAUCCUAAGUAUGAGGACGUCUCUGAAGAUAUUUCGCAUAGUGAUACUAACCUUGACGGACAUGUGCUAAAGGAAAACUUGUCACAUUUUGUUGCAUAUGAGUGCAAGUCUAACAUGCCUAGUUUUGUGGAGUAUUGGGUACCUGUUAGGCUCUCUAAUGUUCAAACAGAGCAGUAUUGUGCUUCCCUAUUUUCAAAUUCGAUGUUACUUUGCUCGGGUUUAAAGUGUGAUUCAGUGCAUGCCCUCCAGGAAAUACUUAUUUCAACCAUGAAGUGUUGUGAUCAUCCUUAUCUUGUGGAUCGUUCUUUACGAAACUCAGUGGUAGAAGGCAUUCCUGUGGCUGAACAAUUGAAUGCUGAAAUUGAAUUGAGUGGAAAAUUAAAUCUCCUUCACAUGAUCCUUCCAGAGAUCAAGAAACGAGAAUUAAGAGUUCUUAUCCUUUUUCAGUCACUUGUAGGCCCUGGACUGAUUUCUAUUGGAGAUAUUUUGGAUGACAUUAUUCAUGAGAAAUUUGGUGAAGAUUCUUAUGUACGCAUUGGAGGGGGGAUGCCUCCAGCCAGAAAGCGAGCUGCUUUGAGCAUGUUCAAUGAUAAAGGGAACAGGAAAUUUGUUUGUUUGAUGGAAACUCGUUCCUGUAUCACAAGUAUUAAACUAUCAUCUAUAGAUACAGUAAUUCUAUUAAACAGUGAUUGGGACCCAAUGAAUGACUUGAGGGCCCUGCAUAAGAUCAACCUUACUUCGGAUCAUGAGCAGCUGAAGAUCUUCCGUAUAUAUUCAUCGUUUACCUUGGAAGAGAAGAUACUAAUAUUAGCCAAGCAAGGCAUGAAUCCUCAAGGCAAUUUGAAAAAUAUAAAGCAAAGCACUUGUCAUGGGCUGCUUGCUUGGGGUGCCUCCUAUCUAUUCCAAAAGCUUCAUGAGUUCCAUGACUUAGAUUCACAUUCAAGUAUUUCUUCCGGCGAGACGUUUAUAGAAGACGUGUGUCAUGAACUCAUAACCGUACUGCCUAACAGUGGUCAGAGCAAUGACUCUACAAACUGUUCAUUCAUUUUAAAAGUCCUAGAGAAUGGAGGGAUUUACCCCAGAAACAUGUCUUUAAUUGGUGAAGUGGAAUCAUCUUUAAUGGGGGAUUUCUCCAUAAUCAAAGAUAUGAUUUACAAUGAACCCCAUGUUUUCUGGAUAAAUUUACUUAAUGGGAGAAAUCCUAGGUGGAAAUAUUUGUCCAGUCCAUCUUCAAGGGCUAUAGAGAGAGGCAAAUGCCUCAAUGAUUUACCUGAAGAUCCAGAAGGGAAAGAAAAGAACAACAAGUGCAGGAAAGAUGCCAGAAGCACCGCUAAUCGAAGAUGUCCUGCAGGCCUUAAACAUAGGGUGAAAAAGAAACUCCGUGCUCAAUAUAAAAAGAGGAAAAUUUCAGUUUUACAACACCCCUGCAAUUCUUCUGUGCAAUAUUCCGUGACAGACAAGCCUCCACAACUUUCAUCAAACAUGCCAUUAGAAAAGACAGGAGCUGGCAGUGAACCAAUUGUUACUAAUCUUGGAUCCACAAAUGCUUCUCUAAGUUCUGGGAACAAUGACCCACCAGAAGCCGAUCGACUGACAUAUUCAGAGGCACAACAAUCUGUCUGCUUAUCUCUCCAGCGGGAGUUGGAAAGACUGCAGAAGUAUAAAGACGAAAAUAUAAAAUUGCAUGAUGAUAUGAAAGUACGACUAAAAUUAUCUCUAGAGGAAGAGAUCGAUCAGAUGAGUAGAAAGUAUGAUUUGUUGCUUCAGAUUGCUGAGACGGAAUUUGAGGAGAAGAAAUUAACACUUGAGACAAGCUACAACAACGUUUACAUAAAUAAAGUAUUAGCUGAGACACUGAUGCAGAACCAAGAUGUAACAGAUGCAACUUGCUCACAAGAAAUGCCCAGUGUGUAUCAACUCCUUUUGCAGCAGAUUGGACCAAGGACCGCAACUGGAUCAGAACAUAGACCUGGCAAUCUGCCAAUAACAAGCUCACCUGGCUUCUCAAUAGUUCAGGCAUCGAACCAGCCAUCAACUUCUGCAAGCAUUGUCUCCAGACCUGAUGAACCGUCGCUGAGCCCUUGCAUGACCAUUCCACAACCUGUGAUUAUAACAGAGGCUGUGAACUGUAUGUCAUCUGUCCAGCAAAUUCCUGGAGCAAUGUCUGGCUCUGCACCUGUGACUCGAGCAUUACAGGGGUCGACUAAAACAUUAACAGAUCAUUCAACUAACGCAAAUACUAUCUCAAUGAAUGGUCCACUCAUGAUCUCAACCUUGUCAAUAAAGCUUCCUAGGACUUCACCCGGUCUUUUGACACCGGGCAACACAUUUUCAAACCUAAAUUUCCCUCUCUCAGGACACCCUGUGACUGGAUAUGAAUUCAGGGCCCCUGCUCCACAUCUUAGAAGUAUGAGGCCUAUUUCAAUCUCAGGACCCAACAUCUUGUCUUCUCCCAGCACAGAGGUAAAUUUUCCAUCACCCAUAAGUCAAUCUGGACAAAUGCAGCAUGUUAUCACAUCAGUUCCUGCAAUUCCUCAUGGCGAGCAAUUCCUGUUUAGAGAUGUUUCAUAUGCCAGCUCUUCCUAUUCCUGGGAUUUAUACAGAAAGUGAUUCUGAAUAUCAACGAAGGAGAACGCAGUUUUUGUGAUUCUUUUGCCCAGAUUUCAAACAGUCAAAUAGCCAGUAGUGAUAUCUGAAGGAUAACCAUACAUAGGCUGGUAACAGCAAUUUUGUUCUUAACGUGGAACUGUAAAAUUGGCCAAUACUGGUGGGAAAACUAACGUUAGGAAGGUGAGAAAUUGCAAUAUCUCAAACUAAGCGGAUAUUGCUUCGUAUAAUGUACAAUUUUGCCUUCUUGCAUAUGCAUUUCCCUCCGUGUUAAUAGGCUGAACCGUUUUGCUGCUAUGUUAUGCUAUCCAUUUUCAUCAUAAAAUGAUUAUUCGAUCUUUUUUUCUGUUUCAGUAUCAUAUCAUUCAAUCCAAAUUUAUCGCGAUACUCUGAUCUCUUCUGCACAGAAAAAUUCAACUUAAGAAUUGCUGAAAGAAACCUAUCAAUCAUUGUCAUUAGUUCAAAGAUUCUGAACGCCAACGAAAGCUUAUAGACAUGCUUGGCAAGAUUUACUUUCGAAAUGCCUUUCGUUUUAAAACGUUUGAAUAACCUACUUUCAAGUGAAAAAAAAAGGUCCCUUAUUUACGAAAAAGAAAACUUUUAGCCAAACAUGCUUUGGCGCAUGGUAUAUAUAAUAUUAGUGACUGCUGCAAAUGUACAAAAAAGAAUAAUAAUCAUAAUUGAUAGAUUCCGUUACAUUAAGUUGGUUAAAAAUGAUUAGAAUCUGGAAAC